AUGGCGCACGCGCGCGUCGCACGCCCGGGCGUCGCGCUCGUGACGUCCUCGCGCGCGCGGGGACGCCUGAGCCGCGCGCGCGCGACGACGCCGCGCGUUUUCGCGCCGCGAUCGCAGCGGCGACGCGCCGCGCGCGUCGGCGCGUCGGCGGACGACCGCGACGGCGACGCCGUCGGACCGAUCGAAGACGCGGACGACGUGCUGCGCGCGCUGGACAGCGUCCUGGGCGUGUCCGCGGCGGAGGUCGCCGCGGACGCGGCGAGAGAGCGCGAGGAAGAGGAAGCCGCGGCGGAGGACAAGAGACGGCGGCUGGAGGCGGCCGCGGCGGCGGACGCGAAGAAGAAGCGCGCGGAAGACGUCGCCGAUGAAGCGUCGGCCGACGACGACGACGACGACGACGACGACGACGACGCGGACGCGGACCCGCCGCCGUGGCUGUGGUGGUCCGACCGCGCGCUGUACGACGUCCCGACUGUCUUCCCGACCGCGGCGCUGACGUUCCUCGCGCUGCAUCUCGUCGUCUUCGUCGGCGACUACGCGCUCUACGCCGCGGGCGUCGGCAACGGCGGCGAUCUCUUUCUCCGCGUCGCGGAAGUCGACGACGCGGUGAUCACCUACUCGCAGUGGUGGCGCCCGUUCACGUCGUGCCUCGCGGACUACGGCCUCGUGCACUUCGCGGUCGCGAACCUCGGAUUAAUCGUCAUCGGUCUGGAGGCGAACGCGGUGUUGGGGACGUGGCCGUUCGUCGCGAUAUACGUCCUGAGCGGCGCGGUCGGGUCGCUCGUCACGACGGCGACGGACGCCGACACCAAUCUCACCGUCGGCGGCGGCGACGCGCUCCUCGGCGUCGUCGGCGCGAUGUGCGUGUACAUCCUGAUAAACGUCGAGCCGGACUGGAACCGCGCGGGGUGUUACACGCGGUGCAUCACGAUGGGCGUGGUCGCGACCGCGCUGCUGUGGCUGGGAGGGAUGCCGACGAUCGGCUCGGAGCACGUGGUCAGGCGCGUCUUUUCGCGCUACACCGGUUCCCGUACGAUCGCGUUCGCGUUGUGA